AUGUCGAUCGUGAGGCGGAGCAACGUGUUCGACCCCUUCGCCGACCUUUGGGCGGACCCCUUCGACACCUUCCGUUCCAUCGUCCCGGCGAUCUCAGGCGGCAGCAGCGAGACGGCCGCCUUUCAUAAUCGCGGCAGCAGCGAGACGGCCGCGUUCGCCAACGCCCGUGUGGACUGGAAGGAGACCCCCGAGGCGCACGUCUUCAAGGUCGACCUCCCCGGCGUGAAGAAGGAGGAGGUCAAGGUGGAGGUGGAGGACGGCAACGUGCUCGUCGUCAGCGGCGAGCGGAGCAGGGAGAAGGAGGACAAGAACGACAAGUGGCACCGCGUGGAGCGCAGCAGCGGCAAGUUCGUGCGGCGUUUCCGGCUGCCGGAGGACGCCAAGGUGGAGGAGGUCAAGGCCGGGCUGGAGAACGGCGUGCUCACCGUCACCGUGCCAAAGGCCGAGGUCAAGAAGCCCGAGGUGAAGGCCAUCGAGAUCUCCGGCUGA